AUGAAGGCUUCCAUGUUUCUUGCCGCCACUGGCGCUGCGCUGGCCGUGGCUAGCCCCAUCCGUGUGCCCCUGGACAAGCGCGCCAUGGAGACCGACUGGGUCGUCGAGGUUGUCACUGUCACUGUCACCGCGGGCCAAGAGCCCGCUGGCGUCUUUUACGAGGUGCCCACGUCAACAACGUCCGUCGAGGUCGUUGAGCCCACGGUCGUGCCUCAGGAGAAGACCCAAUCUCUUCCCAAGAAGAAGCCCCAGCCUGAGGCCCCGGCACCGGUCAUCACAACUGUCGUCGUGCCCCAGCCCAGUGCCGAGCCCCAGCCUGAGCCUGAGCCUCAACCCGAGACGACCACCGCUGCUCCUGAGCCUGCCCCUGAGCCCGAGACCACCACUGCCGAGCCCGAGCCUACUACUGCGCCCGCGCCCGAGGAGCCAUCCACGGACAGCUACGAGGGUGUGAUGCUCAAGCAGCACAACGUCCACCGCAGCAACCACUCGGCGCCUGCCCUCUCGUGGGACUCGACUCUGGCCGGCUACGCCAAGACCAUUGCCGAGGGCUGCGUCUUUGCGCAUGACAUGAACCAGGGCUCCGGUGGCUACGGCCAGAACCUGGCCUCGUGGGGCACCACGGAUAGCAUGGACGGCCUCAAGAACAAGAUGGCGGCCAGUGCCGUCACCGAGCAGUGGUACAAUGGCGAAGUGAACGCCUGGACAUUCUACGGCAUGGACAACCCUCCCUCGAACUCGCCUCUCACCGCAUGGGGCCACUUCACCCAGGUCGUCUGGAAGUCGACCACCAAGGUUGGCUGCUACACGGCGAGCUGCCCCGCCGGUACUGUCCUGCAAUACCCAUCGUUGUACACUGUCUGCAACUACGACCCCCCUGGCAACUACGGUGGCGAAUACGCUGACAACGUUCUCAAGCCCCUGGGCAUGGCCACCACCAAUGUCUAA